AUGCCACUUUCAGCUCAACCCCCAUCAUCAGACGCCAUAGAACUUGACGUCGCGAAGAAGGUCAAAAACGCGAAGAACUUUCGCCAGAUAUGUUCUAUCUUUGGGUACCAGCACGAAGAUCAUCCCAUUGUAACCGAUGAUGGCUACCUGCUACUUUUGCAGAGAAUUUUGCCCAAGGGAGGUACCACGAAUGCAGAGGGCCAGAGACGUGUCGUUUACAUGCAACACGGCCUUUUGACGAACAGCGAGCUGUUCAUGCGAGUUACGGAUUCUAGGAAAUGCAUUCCGCUUGUUUUGGCUGACCAGGGAUACGAUGUAUGGAUGGGAAAUAAUAGAGGAAACAAAUAUUCCCGACGCCAUCUACAUAAGAAAGUGGACUCUCCAGAGUACUGGGAUUUCUGCAUCGACGAUUUCGCCCGCCAUGACAUUCCCACAUCAAUUGAUUAUGUGCUGAAGCAUACUGGCCAGGAAAAGUUAAGCUACAUCGGAUUUAGUCAAGGCACAGCACAAGCUUUCGCUUCCUUGAGCGUUCAUCCCGACCUUAACGAAAAGAUUGACGUAUUCAUCGCAUUGGCACCCAUCAUGGUUCCCCCUGGGUAUUCAUUCUCUUACUUGGAUUCUUUUGUAAAACGCGAUCCGUCUAUUAUAUACCGAAUAUUCGGGCGUAAAUCAAUGUUUCCAUCCGUUGCCAUGUGGCAGUCCAUUCUCCCUGCCUCAAUCCUCCACAGAAUUGUGGACGUCGCCGUCAUGUACCUCUUAGGAUUUUACAACAAAAACAUUACCUACGCGCAGAAGAUAGCCGCCUACAACAACAUCUACUGCAGUUCUUCCGUCAAGGCUGUCGUACACUGGUCACAAAUAAUGCGUAACUCGGUAUUCAGCACAUACGAAGACGGCGCCGGAAGAAGCGCGUCCUCGUUGACGCCAUAUCCAACGCAAGGGAUCAAAACACCGAUUGUCCUCAUUUAUGGCGACCAUGACAGCCUAUUUGACCUUGAAACAGCACUAAAACAUCUUCCUCAGAAUAUAAAAUGCCGACGGUUGUACGAUUACGAGCAUCUAGAUGUACUAUGGGGAGGGAAAGUACAUGAAGAUGUUAUACCCAAAGUUUUGGAGGCUUUAGUUCCUUGUCGAUAA